GAAUUAGUCAUGGAAAGUCAUGAAUUUGAAAAUCUAAAAUGUAGCAGAUAUUCUGUAGGUAAUGAGCAGAUUUAAUGAGUUAGUUCGCAGAUUACUAAGGUAGUUUGAGAAAUAAAAUAAAAAAAUUGGCACUUGAAACAAAUCCCCUCGUUAAUCUGCACAUUAACUGAAUAAUUUGUAGAAUAAUUGGUUUUUAUACUUAAGAAGUAAUACCAUGCUGCAAUAUUUCUAAUCUAUUUGUGUCCUUCUGAACUCAUUGUAUUGUCUUAGUAAUAUUCCUUUUUUCUUUCUGCUACAGAAUAGUGGAGUUGUUGCAAAGGCCAGUCGCCUGUUGCAUAUGUGCCAAUUGAAUAGUUCUGUGAUAGCUGGAGCUGUUUUUUAUAAUAGCAGAGCAAUCGCCUCACAGUUUACAGCACAGAUGACAAAUUAUUUAUCUUUAAUGUCGAAUUCCAAUGCAUCAGCACCGGUGAGCAAUGUAUGCCCUACAGUCUAUGACCUACCCCCUGAUGUUCAGCUUAAAUACAUCUUCCUGAGUUCUAAAAUGAUUUCAAAGAUACUGAAGUAUAAUCACACUGUCGCUGGAUCUCGCAUCAGAAUAAAAUCAACUGCAAAAGUGGCUGAAAGGUACAGAUCCUUCCUGAUGUACCAGGACUGUUUGAGUUCCGGAUCGGAAGGUGACGUCGAUUCCGGAAACUGCAGCGAGAAUUUCCCGAAUGCCGACCUGGGCUCGGAAGGGGGGCACCGACAUUCCGUGAGGAGAUCUAAGUUGUCAUGGUCAAGGACUAAAACCUUCUUCAUUAGGCGUUCCAACAUGGUGUUUUGUUGUACUGGUCAUUGGAGGCUGUGGAAGAAAAAAUUACUUAGUGGAAGGAAUCAGAAUUGUCUCAAAUUUAUUUAUGAAGCGAAUCCUGAUGUGGAAGAGAUUGAGACAGAAGACUCUGGAGUCCAUCCUAUAACUGAGUGGAAAAAAGAUCCUAAUCUGUUUCACGAAUCUGGUUCCACGCGUCAAAGUAUCAGUAUGGUAUGCCACAACCAUGCUAAUUUACAAGCCUCAAGUUUUACUUCAAAGCAGAAAGAAAAACACACUAAUUUCAAAGCUGCUUGUGACUUAGAGUUUAGUUGUUUGCUCUGUGCAGACAAAACCACCUCCUUAAACUCCUCGUCUUUGAAACAGUGGAAUUCGGAACAGGACCUAACAUGUUCCACACUUUCUAAAAACUUCAGUUAUUCCACUUUAAAACAUUUGAAUUAUCACUCCACUCUGAUGCCUGAUAAACAGAAAAAAAUUAAUAAUUUUAAGAAAACUAAGAUACAGGUGUUAAAAUGCCGUUCAAGCAAUGAUACGCCACAUUCUCUUAGAACUAAACACCUGUCAGGUGUAUUUCUUCCUAAAAAAAGAAUCACCGAUUCAAGCUGUUCGACAGAGAAUCAGAACAACUACCUCAAAGACUCACUCGAACCGUAUGCAGAAAUUGAAUCCAAUGAUUUGCAAAGAUUUGUAUUGUAUGUGCAGAAAUAUGGUGCGAGCACUUUGCUUUUACUUCUUAGGAAAGGAUAUGAUGAAAAGAUAAUGUCACAUUUGUGGAACUGCGGCUUCAGCAUCCUUCGAGACAUAGAAUACAGUUCUGAGAAAAUCUCUCAGGAUAAUUCCUAUGACAUGGAUUCUUCUUUUUAUAUGCUACUUUAUAACAGUUCACAAAAAGUAUUAAAAGAAUACCCUCACCAUCAGUCUGACAGGGCUAUAGAUAAACAUGCUCGAAGUUCCAUGCAAGCUAUCCAUGCUGAUUUUCAAACAAAUUUUAACAUUCGAGAAUUUCAUCUCUUGUCUGCCUAUCAGAGCAUCCAUGCCUCCCACAAGGACCCCAAUAUCACAUUCUACGCCCAACCAGAAUGCAAUUCCAGGAAAGUGGAUUCUCUCAUGCAUUUAAACAGGAGAUCUAAAAGGAGAUUGGAGAAAAUAUUUAAAAUAUCUCUGUGAUGCUUUCCGCAGGAUUUAGAGUAGAAGAAAAAAUUUGCUUGCCUUAGACUCCAGUUUGCUAAAAGUUAGGUCUAUCUUAUCAUCAUAUUUAUAACAGUCCAAAGUGGGCCAAGG